GUGCACCUUUGCUUCUCGCAGCCAUUGGAAGCCACGCGCCGACUUUGGCAUCACGUGCCUGCAGCCCUGGUUUCUAUGCUCAGCCAGGGCUCUUUGAUGAAGAGCUACCAGCCAAGGAUCGAGGUUUCCACUUCGACACCCCCGAGGCGAUCACGGGUCUUUUUCCAGUGCCUGAUUUGCAGCUUUUGUCAGACACCGUCCAGAAGCUCGUGGAUGUCUGCCGUCAGCUACUGAUUCUUGACCGCUCCAUUGAUAUGGCUGCAGCGCUAGUUCACGAAUACAGCUACGAGGCCUGCGUCUUUGAUCUGCUUGACGGCAACAUGCUGGAUGCGGAUCGGAACAUUGUGACUCUGAAGAGCGGAGGACACAGCAAAGAGGUGCUUUUGGCAGAUCCGCUGUGGGAGGAGCUAAAGUACAUGCACCUGGAAGCAGCGCGAGAGCUCGUAGAAGUCAAGGUGGAUGAAGUCAAGCGCCAGAAUGUGCAGCAGGAUGCCACAGCAAUUAGCACACGGGCAAUGCUAGAUCAACUUCGUGCUGCGCCUGAGAUGCGUGAUGCGGUCGACCGCAUGGCGCUUCACUUGGGCAUGAUCACGCAAAUUCAUAGCCGUUUGGACUCAGAGCAGAUCCUGGAGCCCCUUCACUUGGGCUUGCUGGAGCAGGAUAUAGCUUGCGGCAUUGACCGAUCAGGCAAGGACGUCAAGAUCACAAAUCUCCAGACGACCUUGCAAAGGAUUCUCACGGACCGCCCAGAGCUGUCCAGUGAGAUGAAGCUUCGCUUGCUGAUGCUUUUCUUCGCCUGCGUGGCCAACGUGCCCGAGGCUAGCCGCUCCAAGUUGCUGGAUGUUGCGCAGCUUGGUGCAGAGGAUCAGCAGGCUUUGAUGAACAUGCUGCGUACUCGUCUCAUGGAGGUUCCUGAAUCUCAGCGUCACAAGCAUGGCAGCGGUUGUGCUCACAGAGUGACGAAGCCACAGGUUUGUGCUCCGAGCAAAGCUCUGCAGAAUCAGCGACGCUAUCGCUGCUGUGCAAUGCAGGCGGCCAGGUUCAAAAAGAACGCUGUCGCCGAGGGGCGGUUCGAGCUCUCCCGAUUUGAGCCAAGACUCAAGGAGAUAUUGGAGCAGCUGGUAGAAGAUCGGCUCAGCUUGGAGGAGUUUCCAGUGCUCCAAAACGCAGGGGAUGAAUUCGGCCUUCGGGAGGCCGGUGCAGCGACCGCCGAGCAUUUGGGAGCUCCUGUGAUCCAGGCCAAAGAUGACUGGUCCUUUGCCACGGUGUCAGGUGGGCUUGAAAGCGAGCACACGCAAGUCACUCACCGGAUUCUGGUCUUCGUGAUAGGAGGCUUCACUCUCUCAGAGCUCAGAGCUGCUGCAGAGGCCCGGCCUGGCUCUGUGUUUCAGCUGAACCAAGCCGGCCACAUUGUGAUGCAGACGUUGCUCCAGGUCAACGGCUUUUGGGGAGCAGCCAUGGCCUCUGGGCAUCCUCGAGCCGCCCGGUCCCUUCUUCCCUUGCUUUGUUUGCUCGCGGUGUUUUGCCUCGUGGGGCAAGAUGCCACCUUCACUGCGCCGACGGGACGGCGGUCGAUGUUCCUGUACCCAACCUUGGGCGUUUUUGGUGCGCUGCCAUCGCUGCCAGCAAAAGCAGUGAUCCAGCAAGGACCCGAGGAGCGCUUGGCGCUGUACAAGGGCAAGGCUGUGUCUGUCCGUGAAGCAGCCCAAUGGUAUCGUUUCUAUGUCGGAGAUGUGGUAACCAGGGGCAGUGGCAAAGACACUGGGGAUGGCCUCAAGGCCAGUGACACGGCCUGUGGUGCGGGAACAUGCGAUGCUGCGCAGGCCUUGUCCGAGCUGGACAAGCUCGUGUCCCCCGGGCACGGCUCAGGCAAAAUCUCGCAAGUGGAACGUGACUUGACGACGCCAAUCUUCUUGAUGGUUGGGUAUGACGUGUGGGAUCCCGAUGCCUCCUUCUCAGAAGAUGCCCGCAAAGCUGCUGGCAAAUUCCAUUCGACCGUGAAACAGAUGAGUGCAAAGCUCAGCCCGCCCUAUGACGCACAAGUGGCCAGCCAUCUGUACACGAAGAGCUUGAAGGAUUUGAACGACUUCUUUCGCAUUGCCAAUGAAGCUGCUGACGCACAGCCGCAUCAUGCGCAUUAUCUGCCUCCAUUGCCGGUGUCGCAGAGGGAGCUGGACACCUCAGAGUACUGGAAAGCUGAACAGGAAGCAUACGACGAAGCCAACAAUCCUUCGCGCCUCUUUUACGAGUCCAAUGUCUAUGGUGCUGCCGCUCAGGAAAGGGUGGUGGAGGAGAGCACGGAGGCUUUACCGGCCAACAGCGCUUUGCACCCGUUCGAGGAAGUGACCCGAAGUGAGCCUUCUUCAAGCGAUCUCUCAGACUAUUUGCCCGAAGAGACUGCAAAGGCUGCAAUAUUGGGGAAGGGUAGCUGGCAUGGCGAAGGUGGAUCGUACUCUAGCCUCGCAGAUCUUGCCAAGUCGCUCAGUGAGGGCGACGCGGUGCUCGUCUGGGGCUCGUGGCUGGCAGAUCUAGCUCGCACGAAGCAAGGUGUUCUGCCUGUCUUGCCUCGGCGGCAGCAGCUGCCUCCAGAGGCAAUCUGUGAUGCUGCGCACGUUGGUCGCGGGACGCCUCUGCUGGCAGUCUCUUACUGUUGGGCGACUGCAGCUCAUCCAGACCCAGAGGGCCACCAACUGCGCAUCUUGGGCCACCUGUUGGACCUUUGGCUAGCACCGCAUGGGCAGCAAGACAGGCAUCAGUCGCAGAGCCUUCACAGCCCAAGCACUUACCACCAGGAUGAAGAUCUUCCGCUGACAGAGCAGGAGGGAGCUGAGCCAGCGCCUGCAUCCGACAGCCUGGGAAGGCGAGAUUGUGCCGUUCUGCUGGACUGGUGCAGCUGCUACCAGGAACCCCGGUUUGCAGACGAGAGGCGUUCCGCUGAACGGUUCCUUCAGCAGGUUGGCAGAUGGUUUGCGCACCAGCACACGAUGGUGUGGAUGCUGACGAACUCUCCGAUUGGCGCUGAGCCUUACAGUCUGCGCGGCUGGACAACCUUCGAAAGAGCGCUGAGUCUCCUGCCAGCUGGCAAAAAGCAAGUCCUUGAUGUAGGACGAUUAGCAAGCUUUGAUCUGCCCGACUGGUUUGCCGUCCUCAGCGCCUGCAGGGCAAAGAGGCCGCCGCCGGUGACGCCUGCAGAGUUUCAGGCACAGCUGGAGAGAAAGCAUUUCUCGUGGAGCCUUGACCGGGAGCUACUUGGGACACUGUACCAAGAGGUUUAUGAGGAUCUGGUCGCCGGAGCUAUCGAGAUGCCCUUGGCACGCUUGGACUGGGGAGACCUGGAGAUGGGACAGCUAGAUGGUGCGCUUUCAAGCUGUACUCAGCUCCAGCGCUUGGACUUGGCUCGGAAUCGCAUCGGGGAUGCUGGUGCAGAGAAGCUCGCAGACACCAUUCUAAACAGCCCCCGGCUCCUGCAGUCACUCGUCUUGCUGGACCUUUCGGGCAAUGAGAUCGGCGACCUGGGCCUUUGCAGCCUGGCUGCAGCUCUCCCGAGCGCCGUCAUCCAGUCGCUGGGCCUCGAUCGCAACUUCAUUGGGGACCAGGGUGCUUGCGGCUUGGCAACCGCUCUCCCACGCACAGGCUUGCGGCGGCUGGUACUUCGAGGGAACGAGAUAGGGGAUGGCGGUGCUGGGGAACUGGCACUGGCAAUGCCUCGAUGCAGCAGCUUACAGCUUCUUGACCUGAGCGAAAACGAGGUCAGUGACAUUGGUGCUGAGCGCUUUGCCGCAGCUCUGCCGAAGUGCGACAAGUUGCAGAGGUUUGACCUUGCUCGAAAUCGGGUGGGGGACCGCGGUGCCUUGAGCCUUGCUGCGGCCCUUCCCAAGUGCAAGCUGGAGGCUUUCGGCCUAGGAGGGCAUGAAGUUGGUGAGAUCCUUGGUGGAGGGCGCAUUGGUGAUGGUGGUGCAGGGCUGUUGGCAUCUGCUCUGCUUCGCUGUGAGCGGCUCUGCAAGCUGGAUUUGAGCGAGAAUCAGAUUGGUGACGGUGGCACCGCGCAGUUAGCUGCGGCGAUGCCACAUUGUGGUCAGCUGGCUGAGCUAGACCUCUACCGAAAUUGCAUUGCCGACCCGGGUGUCGGCAGGCUUGCGGAGGCGGUACCCCAAUGCGGCCAUCUUGAUUGGCUUCGGUUAUUGGAGAAUCCUGUCGGUGCUAAAGGGGCACGCAGACUGGCAGAAGCCUGGGAGGCAGCAGGAAAACCGAAAGGGUGUGGCUCCCAUGCCAGCCAGGAUCAGGAUAUGGCUUUGCGGAAUGAGUCUGUGCAUGCCAAGGCGACUUCUCUGUCAACCCGAUGA